AGCGCCGCCGGCCGGCAGCUAUAAAAGGAAGCGUCCGCAGUUCAAGUCAUAGUCAACUCGAGCAUCCAACUGGGAAACAUGGCUCGAUUGCUGACGCUUGCUGUGGUGGCGCUGACGGUGGCCGUGGUCGCAGGCUGGGGCGGCUCUGGCGGUGGUGGAUAUGGCGGUGGUGGACGAGGCUAUGGCGGGGGUGGUGGUGGAUUUGGAGGCGGUGGAUUUGGUGGUGGUGGAUUUAGCAGCGGUGGUGGAUUUAGCAGCGGCGGUGGAUUUAGCAGCGGCGGUGGAUUUAGUAAAGGAGGUGGUGGAUUUGGCGGUGGUGGAUUUGGUGGUGGUGGAUUUGGUGGUGGUGGAUUUGCGGCGGCGGUGGUUAUGGUAAAGGAGGCGGAGUUUCAAUCGUGA